CAUCAUUGGCUUAUUUCAAGUGUCACAGGGAAAAAUGUUUUCCUUCACCUAUCAAAAUCAGAAAAUAAGUCGUACAUCAUUCAGUGGCUUACGAACAUAGCAGCAGCCACUGUGAAGUCAUUUCUUAACAAACACGUGGAUUUUAUCAUAACUGAUCGAGAGGAAACUGUGAAAAAGUCAUUUCGCAAUAAGCUAAAAAUCUUCAAUGAAAAACGAAGCUCUCUGAUGCUUGGAAUUGCAACUACUAAAGUACCAGCAAUAAGAGGAUCGUCUUCCGUUUUUAAAAUUGCGUCUACUUGGAACAUAAAAAUCUUAAAAUAUACUGAUCUAGUGUCUUGCAUGGAAGAAUACCAAUAUAAACCAAUCCGGCUGGGUGCACAAAUUAGGAUCAAUACAAAGGGCCUUGUUCAUACACUUCGCAAUCCUUUCGUAAAAGUAGAGGAUCAGACAAGGAAAUGCAGACCAGAUAUUGUUGAGAUGAAAUCAUUCCCAUACCUUGACUUUAAUAAUGAGGGAACAUCAUCACCAUUCGAUACUUGGUUUAGGCAAAAUAGAUUAUGA